AUUGGAGAAGAAAAUGUUGCCCCUCCAUCAACAAAAUUAAAGUCAUUUGAGAGCUUGCCAAGCUACGGUAGAGCGCUCUUAUACACGCCCUGCCGAUUAUUGGAUCGGGUUACUGCCCGAUCCAACGAUGAAGUUGAGUUGGUGGAUGUGAGGAAACAAAGUCAACAUGAAAUGAAGAAAACACUGUCUUGGUGGGACUUGAUAUGGUUUGGCAUGGGAAGUGUCAUUGGUUCAGGUAUUUUUGUACUAACAGGACUUGAAGUUAAGAACACUGUGGGACCUGCUGUGGUUUUAUCAUAUAUUGUCUCGGGCAUUUCUGCUAUGUUGUCUGUUUUUUGUUACACUGAAUUUGCUGUGGAAAUCCCUGUGGCUGGUGGUUCUUUUGCUUACAUAAGAGUUGAACUUGGUGAAUUUGUAGCAUUCAUAGCAUCAGGAAACAUUAUUCUUGAAUAUGUGAUUGGUGGUGCUGCAGUCUCACGUUCAUGGACAUCCUAUUUUGCAACACUUUGCAACCAACCAUCAGACAAAUUCCUCAUCAUAGUCGAUUCCCUAGCAAACGAUUACAAUGAACUUGACCCUAUUGCUGUUUUUGCUCUUGCAAUUAUUACCACCUUUGCAAUUUUCAGCACAAAGGGUUCCUCACGUUUAAACUACAUUGCCUCAAUAAUACACGUUAUUGUCCUAAUGUUCAUAAUAGUUGCUGGUUUAUCACAAGCUAAAGCUGAAAAUUACAAAGAUUUCACACCUUUUGGAACCAGAGGAAUCUUUGCAUCCGCUGCAGUUUUGUUUUUCGCUUAUGUUGGAUUCGAUGCAGUUUCGACAAUGGCUGAGGAAACGAAGAAUCCUGGAAAAGAUAUCCCUAUUGGUCUAAUAGGAUCAAUGACACUUACAACAUUUAUUUAUUGCAUGAUGGGUGUUACACUUUGUUUAAUGCAAAAAUAUUCAGAUGUUGAUGAAAAAGCGGCUUUUUCGGUUGCAUUUGAAGCUGUUGGAAUGAAAUGGGCUAAGUAUAUUGUUGCAUUUGGUGCAUUGAAAGGAAUGACUAGUGUUUUACUUGUUGGUGCUGUUGGUCAAGCAAGAUAUCUCACACACAUGGCAAGAACAAGUUUGUUACCUUCAUGGCUUGCAAGAGUGAAUAAAAAAACUAAGACACCAGUUAACGCAACUGUUGUUAUGUUUAUUGCAACUGCUAUUGUUGCAUUUUUCACUAGCCUUGAUAUUCUUGCUAAUUUACUUUCAAUUUCAACUUUGUUCCUUUUUUCACUUGUGGCAUUGUCUCUAUUGGUUAGGAGAUAUUGUGUUAGAGGUGUGACUUCUAGGUUUGAUGUUAUGAAAUUUCUCGGAUUCAUUUUUCUCAUACUAGGAUCAUCGAUUGGAUGUUCGGUUUAUUGGUCGAAAACCGACGAGUGGAUUGGUUACACUAUAUUAGUACCUAUUUGGUUUGUGGGGACAUUCGGCAUCUGGUUCUUUGUUCCUCUUGCGAAGAAACCGAAGAUUUGGGGCGUACCGCUAGUGCCGUUUUUACCAUCUGCAUCCAUUGGUAUCAAUAUUUUCCUUCUUGGAACAUUAGAUAAGGCUUCAUUUAGGAGAUUUGGUAUUUGGACUGCAAUUUUGGUUGUAUAUUACUUGCUUGUUGGAGUACAUGCAUCUUAUGACAUAGCAAAGGUACAAAAGGAGGAGAAGGAGAAACUAGAUACUAACAUUGUGUCAAAGAUGGAUGAAGAAAAUGGUGUUUCAUUAUUGACAGGGUCUAAUACCAAAACUGAAAAUGAUACAUAGGAUGAAUUUUAAUUUAUAUAUAUGGUGUUGAUAGUAAUGUGAUUG